UCCGCUCACUUCAACUCCUCGCGCCAAUGCAACUUCUGAACGCGCUCCACACACACACAUGACAGGCAGCCUGUCAUGCUCGGACGCCUUCUGCAUUCACUAAAACAGUGUGUUCUUUGCGUGUGGAGAAGGACAGAUAUGCGCCGGGUGUCAGUGAAGAUCUUGAUUAAUCGAUUACUUGUCGAAUCAAUGAAUUAAAGCAUCCAGAAAAAACUCAGUCUCGCGCAGAAGACGCGUAAUGAUAAUAAGCUCCAUGGCUUAUUUGUGUGCUGUCUGGAACAUUCGUCUUUGACAAGCGAUUGGGAAGGAGCAGAAAACAAGUGGAAGGACUUUUCUUGUUUGUUUGGAGCUGGUGUGGCGCGUCCGUGCGCGCGUUUUCAUUCUCCGGGACUUCCACCUCCUGUGUUCUUGGAUAAAAAUGAAAGUUUGGACUUUUCUCCAGUGUCUCGCCAUCCUGCUCGUCCUCCUGUGCGUGGGAUCGGAGUGCGGGACGGUCCUGAGAAACACCCGAUCCAAACGCGAGCUGGUGAAGAUCAGAGAAGCCAAGCUGGUUUUCCCGGGGGCUUGUGGCACCAGGCUGCCCCGGGGCAAGCGCUCCCUGCCGGGGAUGGACCGCCGUAUCCCCCGCCAGCGCCGGCGCUCCUCUCCAACCGAGGAUGCGAGCUCUUCCCGGGGGAAAGCCGUGUAUUUUACGGGCAGGGGAGACCAGCUGAGACUCAAGCCUGGAGUGGAGAUACCAAAGGGCAAUUUCACCCUCCAGAUGUGGGUCAAGGCUGAGGGUGGCCAGCGCUCUCCUACUGUCAUAGCUGGUCUCUUCGACAAAUGCUUCUACGCCUCUAGUGAUCGUGGAUGGCUCUUGGGAAUUAAAUCCGUGAGUGAACAGGGAAACCGCGACCCGCGUUUCUUCUUCUCCCUGAAAACGGAUCGAGCUCAUAAAGUUGCCUCCAUUCACUCCAACGCCCGAUAUCUGCCCAAUCAUUGGGUUCACGUGGCCGUCACCUACAACGGCCUCUUCAUGAAGUUAUACAUCAACGGCGCUCAGACAGCGGUCAGCAGGGAGCAGUCAGGUGAUGUCUUCAGCCCACUCACUAAAAAGUGUAAGGUGCUGAUGGUGGGUGGAAAUGCCUUGAACCACAACUACCGAGGCUCCGUGGAACGUUUGGGUUUGUGGCGACAGGCCUUGUCCCAAAGGCAGAUCAUGAGGGACAUGCAUGGACGGGAGGACCCUGAGGACCUGGUGGAUUUGGUGAUCCGGGAAACCUUCGAACAUCCAGCGCGCAAAUGGCUCGCAGUAAAAGACGGAAGCUUCCCAAUUCCCGAUGAUGGUCCCCGUGCUGGACUAGGCUCUUUAGACACCACUCUGGAGCCUCCAGCUUGCGGACAAACAGUGUGCGAUAACACUGAAGUGGUGCGCAACUAUAAUCACUUCUGGAGCUUUCGCCAACCCAAAACCGUCCGUUAUCGCGUCGUGAACGUGUUUGACGACUUUCAACGGAAACCUACGGUCACGGAUCAACAAAUUCACCUGCAGCAUCAGCAUCUGAACGAAGCCUUCAGCAUGUACAACAUCAGCUGGGAGUUGACCGUACACAACGUCAGCAAUUCCUCCUUGUACAACCGGCUGGUGCUCGCCAACUGUGAUAUAAGCAAGGUUGGCGAUGACGAUUGCGAUCCUGAAUGCAAUCACACGCUUACUGGAUUUGACGCGGGAUUCUGCAAACCCAGGCCUGAAAAACACAGGACUGAAUGUCCUGAGCGCAAACAAGGAAAUGGCGUCUGCGAUCCGGAGUGCAACUGUGAGAACUACAAUUACGAUAACGGAGAUUGCUGCAACUCCAGCGUAACCGAUGUGACCAAAACCUGCUUCAAUCCCACUUCUCAUUUAAGGGCCUAUCUAGAUGUGAAGGAGCUGAAAGAGAUCCUCAAGCUGGACGGCUCCACACACCUCAAUAUCUUCUUCGCCAAUUCCUCCGAUGAAGAUCUGGCUGGAGUCGCCACCUGGCCGUGGGAUAAGGACGCGCUGGCGCAUCUCGGUGGUAUAGUUCUGAAUCCAUCCUUCUAUGGUACCUUUGGCCACACGCACACCAUGAUCCAUGAGAUCGGGCACAGUCUGGGACUGUACCACGUGUUCAGGGGGAUCUCAGAGAUCGAGUCCUGCAAUGAUGCAUGUUUAGAGACCGAGCCCUCGCUGGAAACUGGAGAUCUGUGUGCCGACACCAACCCAACACCCAAAUACAAACUCUGCAAGGACCCCGAGCCUGGAAAUGAAACGUGUGGAAACCGCAACUUUGUUCACACACCCUUUAAUAAUUACAUGAGUUAUGCAGAGGACGACUGCACGGACUCCUUUACGCUUAAUCAGGUGGCACGAAUGCAUUGCUAUUUAGAUCUUAUUUACCAAACCUGGCAACCCAACUACCGUCCUCCUCCUGUGCCGAUGGCACCCCAAGUCGUGGAACAAGAUCACGGCUCCAUUUCAAUAGAGUGGUUUCCUCCCAUCUCAGGCCACUUCUACGACAGAGAAGUGGGAUCAGUAUGUGAUAAAUGUGCCGAGGGUCGUAUUCUCCUUCAAUAUGCGUCCAACUCUUCAUCCCCGAGGCCCUGCUCACCUUCCGGACACUGGAGCCCGAGAGAAGCAGAGGGACCCCCAGAUGUGGAGCAAGCGUGCGAGCCAAGCGUCCACACUUGGAGUCCUCAUAACGGGAUGGAUCUGGGUUUGGUUCCUCCUCCGUGCCCUCUGCAAGGCUGCAUGCUUCAGCUGGAGUUUGCAUAUGCGGUGGUCCCCGAUUCCCUGACAGUUUGGGUCACUUUCUCCUCCCAAGACGAAACGGUUCUUCCAGCAAUCCACAAUAUCAUCCUGUUGACCGUCGGCGGAAACAACCUGUCUCUGGGUCGCAAUUUAUUCUGCGACACCCCGUUAACCAUUAAACUGGAUGUGCAGGAGAAGGUGUACGGCGUGCAGUUUUACACCAUGGAGCAACAUUUGGAAAUCGACGCUACUUUGUUGACGUCCAAACCCUGUCCGCUCUGUGGAGAUUGUGAGCCAUUGCAUUUUCGGCUUCUUCGACAGCCACCAUUCAGCAACAGUAAACAGGGCAUCAUGCUGAGCGACUCCACUAGAAGAUACACAGACAGGGAUGUGGAGUACGGUGGGAUUUACACCUAUCAGGUCCAGACCGUCUCCAGUCGCAGUGAAAGUGAGCCGUCGCCUCCGUUCACACACCGCAUCGGAGCGCCGUACUGCGGAGAUGGCUUUAUCCAGAGGUCUCUGGGAGAGGAAUGUGAUGAUUUGAACGCUAUGAAUGGAGACGGCUGCUCCAGCCACUGUAAGAAGGAGCCGUUCUUCAACUGCAUUGAUGAGCCCAGCAUGUGCUACUACUAUGACGGUGACGGUGUGUGUGAAGACUUCGAGCGGGAGACCAGUGUGAAGGAUUGUGGUUUGUACACACCGAAUGGUUUUCUGGACCAGUGGGCCACCGUAGUGGAAGUGUCCCAUGAAGAGCGCCUGUACUGCCCGGCUGACGUGGCUGCUGGAUAUCCUGCUAUUACUAAGACGUGCCAGUCUAAGGUGUUCGACUUGUCUGAUGGAGUGUCUCAAUAUGCCUGGUUUCCAUGCCGAGAGGCUCACAGUGUUCCCUGGUAUCCCCCGUAUUGGUUGAAGGCUUAUUUCUCUCAUCCUAUGGUUGCUGCUGCUGUUAUCAUCCAUUUGGCUGCAGAUGGAACCAGCUACAUGGACCAAACCCAGUGCAACAUCACAGUUCAACUGAUCGACACCAAAGAGGCCAUUCACAGUUUAGGUGACUGGCGUUUGAGCUGCCGCACCAAUCCUCUGGUCAUCCCCGUGAGCCACGACUUAAGCAUGGCCUUCUACCACACCAAAGCCAUACUCCUCAUGUUUCGCUCCGAAUUCGUGGCCAUUUCUGGGGUCGGCCUGCGCUCCUUUCAGUUCUUCGACCCGAUCACCAUCAGCGGCUGUCAGAGCAAUGAGAUAUACAACCCUAUGGGUCAAAGCUGUGUUCAUUACUCCUGUGAAGCCAUCGACUGUCAGGAGCCGCUGAUCCGAAAUGCAGAAGUUGAAUGCAGUGACGGCGGAUACUUUAAUGGCGCUCGCUGUACUGUCGUCUGCAACUGCGGAUACGUGCUGCAGAUACACCGAGACGACGAUAUCAUCAAGAGCCAGACGGACUCGAGCGUGACCAUCACCUGCGCAGACAGAAAGUGGAAUAAGCAGGUUUCCUGUGAGCCGGUCGACUGUGGGCUUCCAGAUAAGUACCACGUUCACCCAGCAAUCUUUGAUUUCCCAGAAGGCACCACUUAUGGAAAGAAGAGCACGUUUCAGUGUAAAGAGCCCGCGCAGCUUGUGGGCUUUAAUAACACUCUGACCUGCAUGGAGGACGGCCUGUGGUCGUUUCCGGAGGCUUUAUGUGAGCUCCGCUGUCCCGUUCCUCCUCCAGUCCCGAAUGCCGUCCUGCAAACCAAACGCUGCAACGACACCGGACUCAAAGUGGGAACGCUCUGCAAAUACAAGUGCAAACCUGGAUACCACGUGGCCAACAAGCCAAAGAGGAGGGCGUUCAAGCGUCAGUGCACAGAGGAUGGGCGCUGGCUGGAGGGCUCAUGUGAAGCCGUCACCUGUCCCGCUCCUCCAUCCGUCUAUUAUGGGAUGUAUCAAUGCACAGACGGCUUCAGGUUCGACAGCACCUGCUGGAUCGACUGCGACGGAGCCAAUCACACACUCACACAACCUCCACCAUGCAAACAGGGUGCGGGCUCUAAUGUGAUCCGCUGCAGAAAAGACGGCAACUGGACCGGAAGUUUCCGCCUGUGUCCUCAGCUGAAGGGCCAGUGCUCUCUACCUCAAAACCUGCAUCCCAGCAUCCGCAUCAGCUGCAAGAAAGGACACGGCAUAGGAGAGGAGUGCGAGUUGUCCUGCAGGGACAGCAAUAAUGAUGUGGUCAUUCUGCCGGGUAACAUGACCACCAGCAGCAUCAUGAGGCAUCACUGGAUGAACCCGCCCAAAGUCAAGCACAUAGUCUGCACCAUGGGCCUGAAGUGGUACCCUCAUCCAGAGGUCCUGCACUGCAUAAAGGGAUGUGAGCCUUUCAUGGGUGAUAAUUACUGUGACGCCAUCAACAACAGAGCCUACUGCAACUAUGAUGGAGGAGACUGCUGCCAUUCCACCGUCAAGACCAAGAAGGUGAUCCCGUUCCCCAUGUCUUGUGAUAUCCGAAGAGAGUGCGCUUGCCGGGACCCCAAUGCUUUGGAGAACCGAAAAGAUGAGCAUUUACACUCUCUUGGCUAAAGCGCUCUAACCACACACAAACACACACACACACACACAAACACACACACACACACACUUGUGCACAGACUGGGACAGGGUGAGAUUAAAAAGAAAAGUCCCAGAAUUGCUGCUGCUUCACAGUUGUACCUCUCCUCUCAUAACUGUUCAUCCUUUCCAAGUCCUACCCUAUAAAACCGUACGUCUGGAAAGAGAUCCCAAUGCCAUAACCCAAGAAAAGGACCAAAGCCGGCUUGUGUGCACCUCCAAAAAAAUACAGCAAAAAUGAAAGAAAGCAUGA